GACCGCUUCUGAUGUGUGGAGAGAUCCGCUUCUUCAAACGAAGAGCGAAGUAAAAACUAGUGCACCCUGUCUGUACUCGACGAUGUAGGAUUUACGGAAGAGGAGUCCCAGGCGUGGCAGAGGAACUUCCGUCUUGUAAAGCUCAAAAAUGACAGCGACUUUGCGCCCCUACUUAAACGCUGUGAGGGCCACCUUGCAGGCGGCGCUGUGUCUGGAGAACUUCUCCUCUCAGGUGGUGGAGCGUCACAACAAGCCAGAGGUGGAAGUUAGGAGCAGCAAGGAGCUGCUACUUCAGCCUGUGGUGAUCAGCCGUAAUGAUAAGGAGAAGGUUCUCAUUGAGGGAUCCAUCAACUCUGUCAGAGUCAGCAUUGCUGUCAAACAGGCUGAUGAGAUUGAGAAGAUCCUCUGCCACAAGUUCAUGCGCUUCAUGAUGAUGAGAGCAGAGAACUUCUUCAUCCUGAGGAGGAAACCAGUAGAGGGAUAUGAUAUUAGCUUCUUGAUUACCAACUUCCACACGGAGCAGAUGUACAAACACAAGCUGGUGGACUUUGUCAUCCACUUCAUGGAGGAGAUUGACAAGGAGAUCAGCGAGAUGAAGCUGUCCGUUAAUGCCAGGGCCCGUAUCGUUGCAGAGGAAUUCCUCAAGAACUUCUGAUGACAAUGUUGUCCGUGCCCCCGCACAAGCGGGGAAAACGCUGCAAGGACCAAUCAGCACAAGAGAGGAAAACUAAACAGCCAAUCAGUGAGGAGAUGAGAGGAACAUGACCAAUCUGGCGAUGACAUCCUUUGCGCCCGUCUUGAGUAUUUCCCUGUAGUCAUGAAUAUCAAUGACUGUAUAUAAUGAAAUAUUUACCAGUUUCAUUUUCAGCCACUGAACAAAUCCCCAAACAAAGGCGGGUCCUUAAAGUAUUAAUCAAGUUGAUAGCCAUGAAUACAGGGGCAUUGAGGACGUGUCGUUGCAAAUGAAACGGACAGGUUUUUGUAUUUUCUGUAUGUGAGUGUGUGUGUCACGGUUGUUUUUAAAAAAAAAUUUGUCUCCAAAAAUUUUCUCUGUUCAGGAAAACCCGUGUUAGAGGAAAGUAGUCUGUGUGGCGUUUAAUCACGGCACACGGAGCAAAAGCUGUCUGUAAAGAAGCCACAAAAACCUAUGUAUGAAAAUAAUGACAGACAAUAAAACCGUUGUUUAUACCUUUUGUGGUAUUUCAAA